CUCGGAUGAGAGCAGCCUCACUUUUUCUCUUUACCAUCUGCAGAAGAAGAUGGAGUCCCGUUGUGUGAGAGUUUUCCUGCUGUUGGCAGUCUGCCUUUCUUCAGGUCAAGCUUGUAUUCAAGGUUUUCUGCAGAAUGUGGAUUUUCCCGGGUCAGACGUAGUAGACAUGUACUCUCCGUCCGUGGAGCAUUGCCAAGAGCUUUGCACCCAGCACCCAUCGUGCCUCUUCUUCAGCUUCAAUCGGCCUGACAAGUCUUCAGGGCGUUUUCGGUGCUACCUGAAAUCAAGUUCUUCCGGACACCCACAGUCUCAGGUUUUACUGUUGGGCGUCUCUUCUGGCUAUUCUCUCAAAGCCUGCGGUCUGGAGCCAACACCUUGUUUUCCUCAGGUUUUUGAGGACGCGGACUUCCACGGUGGGGAUUACAGAACCUUAUUCACUGUUAACUUUGAGGAGUGUCAGAGGGUUUGCACGCUUGAUCCGGUGUGCCAGUUCUUUACGUUUGUAAUGGGGAACUUCUCGUCCCCAGAUGUCAGGUACAAGUGCCACCUUAAAUUCAGCUGGUACGUGCCCAGACCUGAUGCUGUAGUGCUAAAGGCUGGAGUCAUUUCUGGAUUCUCCCAGAAAUCACAACUCACUCAACACUUCGCCACAGUUUGUCGGAGCCAUCUUUUUUCAAACACCGACUUGAGAGGAAAUGACUUCCUGGAGUCACAAGCCGUCUCUCCCGAACAUUGUCAGUUCCUGUGCUCCGUCCAUCCACAAUGCACCUAUUUCUCUUUCAGCAGUAACGACUUCAGGUGUUUUCUGAAGAACAAUCCAAACAGCAUGGUGGCCAGAACGAAAAGCAACUUCACGUCAGGAAUAUCAUCUCACCUCUGUCAGAUUGACGAGAGCUGGGCUAAGCUGACCUACAAAGACAUCGAGUUUCGCGGCUCUGACUUUAGGUCCGAGGUGGUGACCUGUGUGGACAUCUGCCAGGAGAAGUGCACAGAGGACCCCAACUGUCAGUUCUACACCUACCACAACGGGAGCUUCUUCCACCCCGACCAUCGGCACCGCUGCUACAUGAAGCGAGUCAUCACCAUGCCUACGCCUUCCCAAGUUAAGAAAGUGGACAAUGUCAAGUCUGGCUUCACCUUGAGGAACUGUAGAAGUGCAUAAAAGUCUCAGGAUUU